AUGGCCGCGCCUCUCAGUCCGCUGCAAGAGCGCCAGUGGAGGUCCGCCGCGCAGCGGGACGUGCGCGUGGCGCUCAACGCGAUCACGUCCGGCCAGAUGCGCUGGGACAAGGCGCACUCUGCCGGCCGGGCGAGCAUCGAGGGCCUGUCGAACGCCUUGCUGGAGCAUCAAGUGAUGGCGGAGCUGCGCCUGGGGCCGCUCGAGGGGUCGCGCGCCGCCUGCCUGGCGAAGCUGGAGGCGCGGCAGAUGCGCCUCGCGCGAGACCUAGAGGACGCCCUCGGGGAGCUGGAGGCGAGCGUCGCUGCGGUCUCGGCCGCCAGCGAGGCGUACGUCGAGUCGCUCACAGCCUGCGCGCACACGAGCGCUCCGCAGCGCGACACGGCGCUGUUCACCUCGCUGACGCCGUCAACGAUCGCUGCGCACUUCCAGCGUGUCGCGGGCGCCUUCACGGCAGAACUCCGCGUGAAGCGCGCGCUGGCGGACGACGUCCUCGCAUACGUCGAGGCCGACCGCGCCGCGGACGCAUCGAGCAAGGGCAAGGGCGCGACAUCACACCCCCCCUCUCGCGAAGCUCUGCUGGUGCACGUCGCCACGUGGGUGCUGCAGCCCAAGCUCACGGGCUCCAACGCGCUGCGCGUGGUCGCGGACGUCAGGACCGACAUGCAGGGCUGGUAA